AUGUCAACAAAUCCAACAACAGUUGAUCAAAUAAAUGAUGAAAAGUUGAUUGGUCCAUUUGCUAUCGUACCGAAAACAGAUUGUAAACAUUUGGCUGAUCGAAAUUAUACAUUACCACAAUCAGCUCAUCGUGUAAAUGGACGACAACCACCUUGUACUGAUUGCGGUGCAACACAGGAGAAUUGGGUUUGUUUAGAAGAAAACUGUCAACAUAUUGGUUGUUCUCGUUAUCAGGAAAAACAUAUGUUAACGCAUCAUCAAAAUACUGGCCAUAAUAUUUGUUUAAGUUUAUCGGAUCAUUCAUUUUUUUGUUAUGCUUGUGAAGCAUAUAUUGAUAGUCCAAAACUAGCACAAGUCAAUCAACAAUUAAUUGCUGCUUCGAAAUAA